AUGGUAAUCCGAUCGGUGACGUUUCUAGCGAACCAAUUCGCCCAUCCACACCCAAACUAUAUCGCUAACCGCUCGGAGGCACACCGCUUCCGAACGCGCGUCGACCACUUUGAUGUCCAGAACAGGGCGACGUUCGAGUUUGACUACCUCUCGAACAGUGAGUACUAUCUACCCGGUAGACCAAUCUUUAUUGUCGUCGGAAGCAACAGCGUCGUCAAUGGGUACUUUAUCGAAAACGGCCUGUUCCACGAUAUUGCCCGCGGCGAGAGGGCCUGGCUGUUCGCCAACGAGCAUCGCUACUACGGCCGCAGUGCACCGGUUGAAAACUACUCCACGCCCAAUAUGCGCUUCCUGAGCGUGGAACAGGCACUGAUGGAUCUGAUCGAGUGGAUCGAUCAUUUGCGCACGGAAGUGGUACGCAACCCGAAAGCCAAAGUGAUUCUGCACGGUAUCGGGUACGGUGGUGCCGUCGCAAUCUGGGCCCGGCAGCGGUUCCCCAGUCUCAUCGACGGUGCCUGGGGUUCAACACCGCCGGUGAUCGCACGAGUCAACUUCCCUGAGUACGGUGAAGACCUGGGCAACACGAUUCGCCGGCUGGCCGAUGACGGGUGUUUCGGGACCAUCUGGCGGGGAUUCCGUACUGCCGAGAACCUGAUCGAUGCCGGGCUGUACGGGCGCGUGUCGGAGAUGUUCCGCACCUGUGAACCGCUCGCGGCGGACGACCCGCUGACGGUGGAAACGUUUUUCUACGGGCUCAAGACCUCGAUCGAGCAGGAAAUGUUCGGCGAAGCGAAUCCGCAGUCGGUGGUGCGCAUGUGCCAGGAGCUGGCGUCCGAUUCGGCCGACACGGCCCUGGAGGUGCUGGCAAACUUCUUCGCGCGUCGCUACGCCCCGUUCGACUGCGUUGCCCUCGAUUUCGAGAGCAACAUCGCCAGCGCCAUGUACGAAGAGGUCGGUGUGCCGGUAAAUGCGGAGCUGGGCAUCCGGCAGCGUUUGUACCAGGUGUGCACGGAGUUUGGCUGGUUCCUGACAUCGUCGACAUCGGGUGACAGUCCGUUUGGGACGCGCAUCACCUACCGUUAUUUCAUCGACACCUGCCGGGCCGUGUUCGGAGAUUGGAUCGAUCAGGAGGUCGUUUACGAUGGCGUUCGGUUGACGAACUUGCAUUUCGGAGCGGACGACCCACGUGUGACCAACGCGUUGUAUGUCAAUGCCGAGCUCGACCCCAACCGGCUGGUGUCGAUUACGAGCUACACAAACCCAAAGGCGAACGCGUUCGUCAUCCACGGAGCACUCGCAUCGAUGGACUGGCAGUCACAGAGCGACGCCGAUUCGGAUGAUUUGAGGCGCAUUAAGGACGAAAUUAAAGAGUACGUCUAUAGUUGGUUACGUGCUAAACGCGUUCAGCUCCCUCCUAUGGAGCCCUAA